GACGUUUUGGGAAUAAUGUCGGGCAAUGUUGGGAUGGAACAGCUUAUCCCGUUGGUUAACCGGCUGCAAGAUGCAUUUUCCUCAUUAGGAGUCCCACUUAAUUUGGAUCUGCCACAGAUUGCUGUAGUUGGGAGCCAAAGUGCAGGAAAAAGCAGUGUUUUGGAAAAUUUCGUCGGUCGAGACUUUCUCCCUCGUGGAAGUGGAAUUGUCACACGCCGACCUUUGGUCUUGCAACUAAUCAAUUCUCGCAACGAAUAUGCCGAAUUCCUACACUGCAAAAACAAGCAGUUUACAGACUUUGAUGAGGUUCGCAAGGAAAUAGAAGCAGAGACAGACAGGCUAACUGGAAGUAACAAGGGAAUCUCCAACACUCCUAUUAAUCUUCGUGUUUACUCUCCCAAUGUUCUCAACUUAACUCUGAUUGACCUGCCUGGAAUGACUAAAGUUCCUGUCGGUGAUCAACCUCUAGAUAUUGAAGUUCAAAUUAGAUCAAUGAUUUUGGAAUUUAUUACGCAGGAAAAUUGUUUAAUUUUGGCUGUUUCCCCCGCGAAUUCCGAUUUAGCUAAUUCAGAUGCAUUAAAGUUGUCCAAAGAAGUAGACCCUCAAGGUUUGCGAACAAUAGGAGUAGUAACAAAGUUGGAUUUAAUGGAUCAGGGUACGGAUGCUCGAGAAAUCUUGGAAAACCGUCUUCUGCCACUUAGAAGAGGCUAUAUCGGUGUGGUUAAUCGUAGUCAGCGGGAUAUUGAAGGUCGUAAAGAUAUUAAAGCUGCUUUAGCAGCUGAGAGAAAAUUCUUUCUAAGUCAUCCAUCUUAUCGUCAUAUGGCUGAUCGAAUGGGAACACCAUUUUUACAAUCUACAUUAAAUCAACAAUUAACUAAUCAUAUUCGAGAUACUUUACCUGGUCUAAGAAAUAAAAUCCAAUCACAAAUGUUAGCUAUGGAAAAAGAAGUUGAAGAAUAUAAACAUUACAAACCUAGUGAUCCAUCUUUUAAAACUAAAGCUUUGCUCCUAACAGUACAAAGUUUUGAAAAAGAUUUUCAUCAUGCAAUUGAUGGAGGAGGUUCUGAAAUAGAUACAAAAACGUUAUCUGGUGGCGCAUUAAUUAAUCGUAUAUUCCAUGAGCGUCUACCAUAUGAAAUGAACAAGAUCGAAACUGAUGAAGAAGAAUUACGGAAAGAAAUAAGUUACGCCAUUCGUAAUAUACAUGGUAUUAGAACUGGAUUAUUCACGCCUGAUUUGGCUUUCGAAACUAUAACUCGUAAACAAAUUGAUAAAAUGAAAAUACCGUCAUUGAAAUGUGCUGAUUUAGUUGUGGCUCAAUUGACUGAAAUUGUACACGCAUGUACUGCACGUAUGGAGAAUUUUCCACGUUUAAGGGAAGAAACAGAGCGUAUUGUGAAUCAAUGGAUUCGUGAAAGAGAAAUUCGUGCCAGAGAUCAAAUUGUACUGUUGGUUGACAUACAGUUAUCCUAUAUGAAUACCAAUCAUGAAGAUUUUAUUGGUUUUGAGAGGAAUUCUCUCAUACAUACGCCGCUACGUAUAUUACGUGCAGAACAACAGUCGUCAGAAGUAGCAAAAAAUAAACCUGGAAAUAAGGUAAUUCGUAAAGGUUGGUUAUCUUUGCAAAAUGUUACUUUGCUUCGUGGAGGUAACAAAGAUUUUUGGUUUGUAUUAAAUACUGAAUCAUUGACCUGGUACAAAGAUGAUGAGGAGAAAGAAAAGCGUUAUGUCCUAUUAUUGGAUGGUUUAAAAAUACGCGAUAUUGAAACGGGAUUUUUCGGUAAAAAGCAUGCUUUUGCACUAUUUUAUCCGGAUAAUCAUAAUGUCUACAAAGACUACAAACAAUUGGAAUUGUGUGCUGAAUCAGCUGAAUUAGUUGAUUCAUGGAAGGCAUCAUUUUUGCGUGCUGGUGUUUAUCCAGCUAAAACUAAAUCGGAAAAAACGGAGCAAUCUGACACUUCAUCACUUGAAUCCAGUGAGCCUCAGCUGGAACGUCAAGUAGAAAUUAUACGAAAUCUAGUCGAUUCAUACAUGAAAAUUGUGAUUAAAACGCAGUUAGAUUUGGUACCAAAAUUGUUAAUGCAUAUGCUUGUUAAUGAGAUUAAAUCCUUCUUAAAAGGUGAACUAUUACCAAAUUUAUAUCAAGCUGGUGACUUGGUGAGAUUCUUUUAUUAUUCAGAAUGAAUCAGUUAUAUUGCUUUAUUUCAUUUCUUUUAUAAAUAGAUUUUUAAUUAAUCUCUGUUUAAUAGUAUUAUGGUGAUAAAUUAAUGGAAUUCAUGAAUUGAUUAGACAUAAUUUUUUUUCCUGAUUUUAUUCCAUGUUGUUGAAUGGAUCGAAUUCGUCAUGAAAAUCAUUUUCAAAAAAAUUGUAUCAUUGUCAUUCACUAUGCCAUAAACUAAGAAAGUCAAAAUAAACUUUAUUUUACUGUUAAUAAUUUCUGACUUAUUUUUUGCAAAUAAAUUUUACUCACUUUACUUAUAUAAAAAAGCAAACAAUAAAUUCAGUGAAUCAGUUAAUGAAUAUUAGCUUCAAAUAUCUCCAAUUAUGUGUAGCCUUAAUUAAUUUACUUCUAAAUCAAAAUUCCUGCUUCGGUUUGGGCACCCGGGCAGUAUCACAGCCCUCACACAUAUCAAAUGAGAUCUGUGUGGCGCAUAUGUAUUUGGGGCCUCCUUGUACAAAUAUUUAUGUGUUAAAAUAAAUAAAUCAAUAUAAUCCAGUUGGUGUAAUCUUAGUUUGAUGUUACUCAAACAUCAUUAAAUUUCACUGAUCAGUGUUGUUUUUUUUAUAUAUAACAAAAAGUAGUAUGAGUUCUUUUGUUCACUUAUAUUCUAGCUGUAAAGUAUGGAAUUGCUUACUUACUUACACUUGUUAUUCCCAAUGAAGCAUAAGCUGCUGACCAGUAUUCUUCAACCCACUUUGUCCUGGACCUUCCUUUCCAGUUCUAUCCAAUUUUUGUUCAGUUUUCUCAUAUCUGUCUCCAUUUCUCGGUGUAAUGUGUUCUUUGGCCUUGAAGAUUCCAUGUGACACAGUUGGGUGCUUUCCUCAAUGUAUCUCGUAUCCACUUCCACGCUUCUUCCUGAUUUCUUCCUCUGGGAUCUGAUUUGUUCUCCCCCGUAGUAGGUUCUUGCUGGUAGUGUCUGGCCAACGGUUCCGAAGUAUUUUGCGUAGACAAUUGUUAAUAAACACUUGUAUCUUCUGGAUGAUGGCUUUUGUAGUUCUCCAGGUUUCGGCCUCAUACAGUAAUAAAGUAUGGAAUGGAAUGUUUGAAUUUUGAUUGUUUUUACACUUGAAAAGAAAGUGGACCUUACUAAUCACCAGAAUUUAGGAUUGUAAUGAAACACAAAAUAAUUUGAUUAUAAUAAUUCUUAAUGAUAUUUGGUAUUUAAUCCAAUUAGUGUGAUUUUCUUUUAAUGUCUAUACAUAUACUGUCAUUGUUAUUACACUUUAAGAAUUCAUUAAUGUCUGAAUCAUUGGGGGUUCAACAAAAACGCGAUGAAAUGGUCCGCGUUUAUGAUGCUAUGAAAGAAGCGUUGAAUAUUAUAAGUGAAGUGUCUAUGUCCACUGUAUCAACACCAAUUCCACCACCAGUCAAUGAUGACUGGUUACAGGUAAAUGGUUAUUUUAUGUAUUUUUUUUCACUUAAAGUAAAUCAAUACAACUUAGCUAUCACAUUUAUGUCCAUAUGGUAGACCAUAUUUUACUGUUUGCUGAUUGAUAAUCCUGACUAUACGUUCAAAGCGUCAUAGAUACUAAAUGCUUAUGGUCUUAUUUUCAUGUGAUAUGACCUUCUAACUUACAUUCUAGCCUGGAGCAUCUUUUUAUGUUAAAAAUAAUUUCUUUUUACUCUUCAAAUAGUGAAUCACUCUGGUGUUAGAAUAACUUCAAAUUAUAUCCUAAAAUCUCCAUUAUUACGUAUCUUUUCUUGUACGUUGAAGUCAGUUAUUUAAAUAAAUACGUCGAAUUUUAUUUCCAUGUUGUAACAUUGACUUAAACCUACCCUGGUAAUAUUGACUUAUUAUCCAGAGUCAUUAGGUUUCGAAUCGUGUUCACAUUAUUAUUACUCUUAUUAUUAUCCUUAUCUCCUCUUACCCCAUUUCCAGUCUAGUUGACCUUUUAUUUUUAUUGAUAAAUACUCUUAACAAGUAUAUGUGUGGUCAGAUUGUUCGAAAUGUAUUGCGCUAAUAUAUCACAUAAUUCUGAUAAUCUUCACCUUAUUACAUUACCGAAAUUUAUCAAAGGGACUGAUUACUUUAAAUAUCAAUAUAAUAAAACAUGUAUGUGAACCUCAAACAACUAACAGACUUUCAUAGAUAAAUUUCAACAGUCGAGAAAAUUAAACCUCUCCAUGUUGACUGUGUUAAGCAUUUCCAGUUGAUUUGUUUCGAUUUCAGUUAUUAUAUGAUAUUUAAAAAAUUUGCUAUUGUUUUUAAUCGUCCUUACAUUUUAAUAAAUAGAGUGAUAUUCCAGGCGGUUUAACUGCUCCGGGAUCUACAGGUACACUUCCUCCUCCUAGUCCAACAGCUAAUCGUCGUCCACCAGCACCACCUCCUCCUGGUGGAUGGAAUUCUACAAGUAAUACGGGUUCAAUCAAAGGCUCUGGUCCCAGACAAGUACCAUCAGUUCCUGCCAAAACAAGUUCUGGACAACUGCCUUCUCCAUUGAUUCCACAACGGUUAUAUCCAGCUGACAUGUUCUCGAUCGUAAAAGAUUCCAAUUCUCCUGGAUUAAUUAAUUCUAUGACAAGUUUUCCACUAGUACCACCAUCCAUUCCUGCGCGUCGUUGAUAAGUCACAUCACUCAAACACUGUUAUCAGAAUCCAUUAAUGCAAUUAUUUAUUCCUAAAAUCAAUAUUACAUUUUCUUCUAAUAAUAAUAUUAUAUUGUGAAAAACAGUUUCAGUUGGUGACGAUUUAUGUCAAACAAUUAUACAUUUCAAUGUGUUACAUCAGUUAACUUACAUGCGAACCUCAAUGCACAUGGACACACUCAUAUAUAUAUAUAUAUAUAUAUAUAUAUAUAUAUAUAUAUAUAUAUAUAAAAUUUAUGAAGCUUGGUUAAUAACCAAGCUGUUUUGAUGCAUAAUAACAAAUAUUGUUGUAUACUUCAUAAAUUAUUCUUAUUGUUGUAAUCAAUCUCAUUCAACAUUAUCAUCAUCAUCAUAUUCCUUACCGUCUUCAACUUUAUUCUUCAAACCAUAUAUUUACACAGUAGUAUACGGUUACUAUUGAUCUUUUAUUUAAACUUCUGUUUGUAAUUAUAUUACAGUUGUUAUUCCUUUAUCACUAUUAUCAUUACCUAAAACCCAUACUACAUUUAUUACCAGUUUAUGGUAAUGUUAAUGAUAAGUAUAAUAUUACUUAUGAUUGGUUUGGAAAAUAUUAUUAUUCAUUCCUUG